AUGAAUACCGACACUGAUGAAGCUUCGAAAAUCCAUGAUUACGAUUGGGACACCGCCGACCUCAUCUCCAACUUGCGAUACAGCUAUGGAUUCGUAGCCUUUGUAGUCCCGAAGAAGGAGGAUAAGACACCGGAAGGCUGGAAACACGCCUGUCAACACUUUGGGUUUAGGAAGGAUGGGGCAGAACAGUUUGUCUCAAACACGGAUCGUCAACUCAUCUGUCAGUUUCAUGACGGUUUGAUGGGGUCAACUGACCGUCCGCUCCCUCAAGACAUUCACGAUCUCCACCCGCAAAAUUACCUAUCCCUUCAAGUUUUAGGGAAUCUCAGCCUCAUCCAUCGGCCCAUCCCAAAUCUAUUUGUUUUCGCUCAUCACGACAUAUGUGCACCUCAGGAAGAGUCCGACAGAAUGUCUGCUGAUUGGAGUAUUGGAGUCGAAACCCCAGAGGCUGCUUUAUAUGUCUUACGAGUCUUCCAGUCCCAUCCUGGGCAUACAGUUGUCAGUGUGGCACACAGACUUUUGUCCAAAGGAGUGCAGUUUCGAACUCUUGUCGGGCGUAAAAAUGUGGUUCAGGUGCAUCAACCCUACAAGGAAGUUACCUUUUACCGCAAAGUCAGUUACAAGUUUACCAACGACGACUAUGAGUCCUCGAUGCUAGCCUGUUGGCAGAUACUGGACCAACAACGCGGUCGUGCAGCGCUACUCAUGGGUGGAAUAGUAGGACGAAUCGCCAAAGAGUAUCUGAGCACAGAGUCUGUUCUCCAGGGCCCAUCAGUGGAAUUGCUGAGAAAUGGAGGCGGAUAUGUCGCUAAUCUAGAGGCCAAAUUGCUGGCUUACUGCGAUGACGGGCUUACAGAACACGAUAUUGCGAUUAUUAUCGGGUCGUAUUCUCUCAUGACGGGUCGGAGUCAAGUCUUGGUUUCCUCCCCCGGCGGUAUGGAAUGA